AGACGGGCCAUGCGUGGAGAAGUUGCACUUUCAUCAUUGACUUGGAAUUCACGAGCGUGCAAUCGUCCAUCAACUCUCUCGUAACUGCCAUUUCUGCUUGCGGACCUUCGAAGCAGCAUUCAUACGUAGCGCGCAGAGGAGCGAUAGCGCUCGAUAUAGCAUCUUCAAAAGAUCAAGCAGACGCGCAUCGGUAAUAAAGCGAACGAUCAGGCGUCACCUCGCUUGCACCUUCCGCACACCAGGCAGCAGCAUCGGUGCGAUCCCGUGCUCGUACGUCCUACGUGCAGUGUGAACGUACUGUACUGCUGUUGCUCCUGAUACCACACAGCAAGUGGUAGCCUAGCACUAGCCUGCACCGCUUCUCGAAUUUUGGGCCAAGAUGGGCGCGGCUUCUUCGAAAUCAUCUCGGAGCCCAGACCUCUCUGCGUCCACAGCGUCCUUGAACGCCUUGGACGAAAAGGUGGCCUCAGCCAAACCAGGUUCAGUCGCUCUGCCAGCUUCUCCCUCUCCCAUCUCUGCAGCGCGUCAACAACACCUAGACGCCUCUAUCCAACACAAAAUCUCAAGCGAGCUAGCCGCAUUGAAGAAGAGCGAAGCUAGCGUCAGAUCAGAGAUCGAGGCUGCUCUGGAGAGGGAAUCCGGAACGCAAGAAAAGAGGGAUGCGAGGACGAAGGAUAGCAUCACUUUGAAGCAGGAGCUGGAAGAAAUUAGAACAAAAAUUGAUAGACAUAGGAUCAGGAGGGAAAAGGUGGAUCAGGAUAAGAGCGUGCAACAGGCUAGGAAUAAGGUGUUGCAGUGCCUCAAAGAACAUCAGUCGACAUCAUUGGAAUGCGCUGACGAAGCAUCUGCGUUCAAGCGAGCGGUGGCCAAAGCAGAAAAGGAGUUCAUCGCAUCCCUAUCAGCCUAGAACAAAGCUGCGCAGAUCGUUUAGAGCAGACUCGCACCGCGGUGCAAAAAGCCAGGAGCAAAGGGGCCCGGUCACGCACCACGUUGCAAAUGCCAUUACGUGCCCAUUC